GACAGUUGUGUAAUAUGUCCAUUCUGUGUACCUCUCACAUUCAGGCCCCUGGUGUCAGACGUCACACCAGUUUAAAACAAAAAAAAGGUUUAGGACAAAAAAAGUUGUCGGUUGAACGAGAGAGAAAAAAUCCGUAACCUUCCUGGAUCCAAAUCCAGGGGGGAGUGAAAACUGUGACAGAACGAGGGGGACCAAGAGAGAAAGAGAGCACGCGAAGGAAACCUCGCUCACAGCCGCAGAAUCACGGAGAGGAGCGGAUAACUAACUUCGAGAAGAAGCAAACCAAAUGACACCUUCGGUUGUCAAAAACAAAUAUUACCAGGGAAAUAAUUAGUUCAACGCAAGGCCACCGAGAGAAUGCGGAUCAGGUUUCUGUGCAGGCUCUAUAUGCUGUGGGGUUUUGUGGCAGUCACAUCCUCUUUGACCAAGGCUGAGAAGAAAAAGGCAGCGGGUAGGAGGUCUCGCCAAGUGGAUGAUAGUCCUGAGGGUGUGUGGUCUGCCUGGGGGGAGUGGUCAGAAUGUUCUCAGACCUGUGGAGUAGGUGUGUCACAGAGAACCAGAAAGUGUGAAGCCCCUCCCAUCCCACAAACCCCUCCCCUCUCCCACUUUCCUUCACACUGGGGGGGUUCAUCGUUUCUCCCAGCGGGGGUCGGCGGUCCAAACCAUGGUUCUGUCAUCUCCGCCAUCCGCCCCUUCUACCCCCCCCAUUACUCUAGCAACCAGCCAACCCAUUAUGGGGGAGGAGCUGGGGGAGGGACAGAGAGACAACCUGCCCAAUUCCAACCCCCUCCGCUCCCAUCGUCCAAUCAGAACCCAGGACUGUCUCUAUAUCGGGACACUCCUAUAGGAGGAGCAGGGGCUGUGCCAGUGCAGUCCUCCAAUCCCUCCAAUCCCCUUUACCGACCAGAACUUUCCUCAACCAAUCUGGAGGCAGGUUCUGUUUACCACUCCCCCUCAUUCCCUGGACACCCAUACAGCUACAGCCAACCAGCGCGGGCCACCCGACGACCUGCCAAUCAUGGAACAGGCAGGGCAGGAGGAAGUGGGAGUAGACGGUCAGUGUCAUCCAAUAGGGGGCCACUGCCUGCGAGAUCGUCUUCAAUUCGGCCAGGUCAGUUUGGAUAUGGCAGGGUUCCCUUUUCUCUGCCACUACACCGGCAAAACCGGCAGGCCCGCCAGACCGAGCACGGCAAUACUUCCAUGGCAACCCCAGUGCUGGACACAAAGUGGCAGGAGACAGUUGUUGUGAACACCAACCAAACGGACAGACUAGAAGAAGGAGAGGAGAACGUUAUGGAGAAGGAGAGGAGAGAACACGAGAAGAGAGAGGAGGUGAAGAACGAGGCGGAGAGAACAAAGGAGAGAACCGAGUCACCUGUCACGAAGGUGUUACUAUUGAAAGCCAGAGCCAAACAAGAGAGGAGUGCCCAGUGGGAUAGAGACACUCCCAGACAAACGGACAGACUCAGACAAGCAGCCCAGGAUCAAGGGAGAGAACGAGAGAGAGUUCCCCCCUCUCACCCCCACUCCCACAGUCAUGACAGACUCAUUGAUAGGCGUUCCCCUCCUCCACUCCCCCCCCAGCCUCACCCCUACGCCCCGGCUCUCUCUCACCCUUACCCUCUCCCUCUCCACCGCUCCUCCCCCCAGCACAGAGAGAGGGAGUCACCCUAUGGGUUCAACCCCCAGCAUCAACUUCCAAUCCCUGGACCCCCUCAAACCAGCCUGUACCCCCUAGAACAUCAGCAGUCUCCCCGUGCCGAAGGGGAGACAGGGAGAGAGAGACCACAACCCCAUUGUUCGGGUACAGCGAAUGAGUAUCGUCGCUGUUUCUCACAGGUGUGUGGGGGAGGUGUUGACUCCAGAGCUGAGCAGUGUGCGUCCUACAACAACCAGGAAUUUAUGGGCAGACUGUACGACUGGGAACCUUUCACUGAGGUUGGCCUGGAUAAGCAGUGUGAACUGACGUGUAGACCGGUCGGAUAUCGUUUCUACGUUCGCCAGGCGGACACGGUCCGAGACGGAACGCCCUGCGUCAACAGGACCACCAAUGACGUGUGUGUAGCCGGACGCUGUCUGAGUGAAGGCUGUGAUGGGGUGUUGGGCUCCGGCUUGGUUAAAGACAAAUGUGGUCAAUGUGGGGGGCGAGACCACUCCUGUCGGAAGGUGAGCGGAAGCUUCCAGAACACCAGCGUACCCCUUGGUUACCACACAAUCCUGGACAUUCCCCCUGGAGCAACUGCCAUCAACAUCACUGAGAGAAGUGCCAGCUCCAACUACCUGGCCCUGCGUACAGGUACAGGCGUGUCAGUAGUAAAUGGGCGCUGGGCCGUGGAUCCUCCAGGCGAGUACCCUGCAGGGGGCACUACAUUCACAUACACCCGCCCCAGAGCUCUCUCUGACGGGCAGGAGGAUAGAGGAGAGACCCUGACAGCUCCAGGACCAACCACUACACUACUUACGCUAUAUAUAAUUUUCCAUAAGCAGAACCCCGGCAUAGAUUAUGAAUUCUACAUCCCAACAGAAAAGAAAGAGGAAAAGCCAAGAGAGGAAGAGAGACAGAGAGAUGUUCAGAGGCCCAGAGAGAGAGCAGUCGUGAAGGAACAACUGAGAGAUGGAGGGAGGGCGUCCCUAAGAGACACCGGUUCACACACUAUAACAGUGGAAGACCCUCCCCCUCCUCCCCCCAUCUACUCCCCUUCCUCCGCAGAAAGAUGGACAGCUGAGAGGUCCCACCCCAGAGGCUCAGUGCCUAAUAGAAAUGUUCGAAUCCCACCUCGUACCGACCUGCCCCUUGACACCCAGUCUCCCUUUGCAUGGAGGAGGGGCAGGCUCACUGAGUGUACUGCAUCCUGUGGCAAAGGGUCCCAGUACAGGGAGAUCCUGUGUAUUAACCGCCACAAUGACGAGGAAGUUCCAGACAGGAAGUGUGACUCAGCAACAAAACCCGCCCCAGAGGAAGAGGCUUGCAACACCCACCCCUGCCCAGCAUUUUGGGAGGCCAGUUCGUGGUCAGAGUGCAGUGUGUCAUGUGGUAAGGGAGUACAACAGAGGCAGCUCCAGUGCAGACAGAGCUUUGGAAACCGUUCCACCAUGGUUCACCCACAACGCUGCGCCAACCUAACCCCGCCCGACCUCACACAGCCCUGCCAGCUACGACUCUGCUCACACUGGGAGAUACGCACUAACUGGAGCUCUUGCUCUGUGGACUGUGGCAUGGGGAAGAGAACACGAAAUGUCCGCUGUGUCAGUGACCAUGGCAGCGUGGUGAAUGACAAGGAGUGCAAUGCCAGGCUCCGCCCACAAGGAAGUGAGGACUGUCACAUGGGGCCCUGUGUUACUAACUGGUACUUCACUGGUUGGUCCAAUACUUGUUCAGCUCAGUGUGGUCCUGGGGUUCAGAGGAGAGAGGUCUUGUGUCUGACCCGUGGAGGGAGAGAAGGAGGGGAGUGCAUCGGGGACAAACCGGCUGACAUGAAGGCGUGUAACGGGGGUCCGUGUGUUCCCACUUACCUCUGGUACAGCAGCCCAUGGGGCCAGUGUAGUGCCCCAUGUGGUAAUGGAACACAGAGGAGGGAGGUGAUCUGUGUGGAGAAGAUGGGGACGGAUUUCAGAGUGGCGGAGAUCAGCCAGUGUGCCCAGCUGGAGAAACCUCCCUUGGUUCAAGCCUGUGAGAUGGAAGCAUGUCAGCCUCAGUGGUUCACUACAGACUGGAGCGCGUGCUCUCGCUCCUGUGGUGAGGGGCUACAGGUCAGAGAGGUCCGCUGUCUUACACCAGACAAACAGCACAGCACAGAAUGCUCCCUUACCACCAAACCAGACCAGGAGCAGCCCUGCAAUACCAUACCCUGCAGUCCACAGGUUGCAGAUGACAACUGCAGGGACAAGCGUCAUAACUGUGUGAUGGUGGUUCAGGCUAGGCUGUGUGUUUACACCUACUACAAGAGCGCCUGCUGUGCCUCAUGCACCCAGAGUGCUCAGCGGGCCAAAAGGCACUGACUUGUCAAUCACCAGGCUCCAAUCGAGGUCAAACAAGGGUCAGGGGUUAAGGGUUAGAUGUGCGGGUCACCAUAGAGAUGAUCAAACCACAGAAAUUCUGUGGCUGCAGUGGAAAGGAUCACGUAAACAGGAAGUGAAUUGCAGAAUGGGGAUUGAAUGUUUCCCAGCAUUCUAUGGGUUAUCUGUAUGGAGAUAUGCCAAUAGCAUUGAACCCAUAUUUCCAUUUUUAACAUAUUUGACCUUUAUGUCCACCCUAGGCUUUGUAUUUCUAUGGUUGAUGGUUCUAUAAAUGAUUUAUGUCCAUUCAGGACCUGUGUACAGGACGAUGUCCCAGCAGCCAAAUUUACAGUCUACUGCUUGGUAUGAGGUGGUAUUAUCCAGUCAUACUAUGUAGUAUGCUAGUAUGGCUUAAUUUAGACCCAGAAGGUAUCAUCCAUUAGCAGUGUUAAGUCUGCUAGAAGUUUCUAUGACUUUUUCUCUGUUUGUUUUCUAUAUGCCAAAUACUUUUGUUUUUUAAAUACAUUGUAGUGUUCCUACUGCAUCGUCAGUAUUCGGACAAACCUAUCAAAAUGUACCAGAAAUAGAAAUGACCAAAUAUAAAACCCAUUAUGAAUAACAGCAGUGAGGUGAGAACAACCUGAGGAGUCCCUCGGCCUUGUGAACAGGCAGAGUAGGACUGAAUGAAUGUGUGGUCCGAAAGGGCACUGUGCCAGUAUCUCACCUGUGGUACCAGACACGGAACCAGAGGCAUGUGUUAACAUCUCUAAAUACCUGUGGUACCAGACACAGAACCAGAGGCAUGUGUUAACAUCUCUAAAUACCUGUGGUACCAGACACAGAACCAGAGGCAUGUGUUAACAUCUCUAAAUACCUGUGGUACCAGACACAGAACCAGAGGCAUGUGUUAACAUCUAUUAUAUAACUGUAGCCCAGAUGGUCACCUUGGCAGCUCAUACCCGGGUUCAUGUCUUAGACAGCGUCACACGCAACCUCCACCCCAUGUAGAAAAUAUGCCACUACCUGAGACACCAGUCUCAUCUGACCUGUCAGUAUGUUCAAUAAAGGUAGGUAUCGAAAUACCAUUGUAUUUAAUUGAAGGCGGUCAAGCGUUCAUUUUCCUCAAUGGAUUUUCCAACUCCCAAAAGAGCACAUUGUGACUGUAGCAAGGGGCAACCCCUGAGGUAGAAAGACACCUUUCAGAUACAGUGUUCAGAGAUGAAGAUGUUUAGUCACAUAGUGAGUGAGCUAUGUUCUGUGCCACCAUGCUUUAUAUAGAUAUUUACGCAUUUUUUGUUUCAUACACACACACACACACACACAGUACCACACUUUUAACACAACUAAUUUGUGUUUUUUUUUCUGAAAAUGUUUAAAUGGUGCUGUCUUUGCCUUAAGCUCUUUUUAAACAGAUAUGCCUCAUAACAUAGUUGAAACAUGCUACGGACAUGUUAUGGCUAUAGAGUGCAGAAAGUGGCCAAGAUGCACACACAGGAGUUUGAUGUGUAUAUUUGUCAGUCAAUAUUAUAUUUUAUGUCUAUAUUUUUGUGUAAACAUAUACUUUUAUUGAAGAACUUGUCCUAUAUUGUGUUAUGAUUUAAUUGUAAAUUCUUUUAGCAUAUAUUCAUAUAAAACUAUUAAAAAUGUCAGUCAUCAUAUUCUGAAGAAAUUAUAUUUUGCUGCCCUUGUGUGUCUCUCUGCCUGUGAUGUGUGUAUGUGUGCGUGUGUGUGUGUCUGUCUGCCUGCCUGCCUGCCUGUCUUUGUGUAGUUGCUUAUCUGGGUUUGAGUGUAAGUAUGCAAUCAUAUGUUUGUUUUUGUAUCUGUUUAGCUGUGAAUGUCAUUUUCUUGUGUCAGAUUGCUUUUUGUAGAAACAAAAGAUUUUAUAUUAAAAAUUCAGAUAAAAGAUAAUAAUGUAUCUAUUAUAAAAUUAAUGUAAUUUAUUUCCUUUCUUUCUUAAAGAGGAGCUGUAGCACAUUUCCUUUUUUGCUUUCUUACCAGAGUUUAUGAUCAGAUGUUAUUGUGGAAAAAAGUGUAUGGAUUUUGUAUUCUUUUGAUAAAGGCAGUGUGCGAUAAAUGCUUUUAAAAGCUACAUUUUAAAUAAAAGCUGAACACUUUUUAA